UUUUUCCAAAAUUGAUUUUAUCAAUUAGCCAAUUAAAAUAAAUAAAAACUCAUAAAGAAUAUAAAAGAAUAAGUUUCAAAUAAUAAAAUGACGAAAUAGUGUCUUGCAGUAAAUGAAACUAGUUCGAAGAACCAGUUCAUUGCUAUAUAAGUGUUACAGAGAGACAUCAGAUUACAUUACGACGCUACUUCAAAUUUAAUCGCGACAAAACUAAGAAACGCUCAAUCAGCCAUUAAGGUUAAUCCAAAUAAUCUCUUUUACUUCUUACUGUAAAAAAAUUCGAUUAUAUGCACUGUCGGAAAAGAAAGUGCGAAAACUAAUCGGAGUCUCCCAAUGUAGGCAGCGCCCCCGCCGGUCAGUCAGUCUCCCAUAGUCCCAUGUACAUAAGUGCGUGUGUGUGCUUUCGCCCCAGAGCGGAGCAGCGCAGCGCAGCUUCUCUGGCCUCGGAGAAGAGCCUGCAUAGCCCUAUCUGUUUUUCUCUGUCCACUGUUUUCCAUUAAUCCCAGUGGAUUGAGAUACUUCAAGAUUGUAACAAUGAAGAGACGACGUUACUCCACUCGUUCGUCCAGGUAAAUCAUCGCUCCGUCGAAGUGUUGUGAGAGUACUUCUACUGCACAGAAGGAGAGAUAUGCGAGAGUACGAGAGUCGCGGUCACGUGACCGUAGUGUUUACCAAAAUGGAGUAGCUCUUCGAGAGGACGACGUCCGCGUUUUGCGCUUAGGCUUUGUCCUUUUCGCAUACACACCUUCAGGAACCCACGCAGGUGUGAAACGUGAUAAUGUGGGCUGAUUUUAUAUUUCUUUUCUCCUGGGUGGUGACUCCAAAUUUUAAAAAAUUCUGGAAUACUUACUGAUAUGUUGCCAAUUGCAUAUAAAAGGUGCCAGAGCAGAUGAUUUCAAAUGUUAUUUUAAAAAUCAAAAGAAAAUUAUUAUACUAAAGCAUCUAAAUGUUGUGCAUUGUAUAGCAAUACCAGGUAGGGCCAUAAGGUGUUUCAAUCAUGGCCAGCACUCAGGUAGAUUACCAGUGGGCCUACACGAUAAUGGAUUCUUCUAGGGUAUCCACCUAUCUAAUAUCAAUACUACUAAUAGUAUAUGGCAGUUUUCGAUCUUUAAACAUGGAGCAGGAGGCAAGAGAAAGAGCAAAGGAAAAAGAACGCGCAAAUCUAUUGACAGGACUGACGAGUAAUAGUGCGACGGCAAACUCGGAAAAUCCACCGUCAAAGGGUGUUCUUACUUUGGACACGCUGCACGUUCUCUGCCUACCUCUUGGUGCUUCCAUUUCUCUACUUGUCAUGUUUUUCUUCUUUGACAGCAUGCAAGUGCUUUUCGCUAUUUGCACAGCCAUUAUGGCAACAGUAGCAUUAGCAUUUCUGCUGCUGCCAAUGUGCCAGUACAUAAUCCGUCCUUGUUCGGACGGCAACAAAAUAUCUUUUGGUGUGUGCGGCAGGUUCACCGGUGCCGAGUUGCUCUCGUUUUCGUUAAGCGUCAGCAUAGUAUGCAUAUGGGUGCUUACAGGACAUUGGUUACUCAUGGAUGCAAUGGGUAUGGGUUUGUGCGUUGCGUUUAUCGCUUUCGUACGUCUACCUAGUCUCAAAGUAUCCACUUUACUACUCACUGGGCUUCUCAUCUAUGAUGUCUUUUGGGUCUUCUUCUCUUCGUAUAUAUUCAGCACAAACGUUAUGGUCAAGGUAGCAACGCGACCAGCCGACAAUCCAGUAGGUUUGGUCGCUCGUCGUCUACACUUGGGUGGUAGUGUAGCACGAGAAGCACCAAAGCUUUCGCUACCAGGCAAACUUGUAUUUCCAUCGAUGCAUCGCGCUGGUCAUUUCUCGAUGCUGGGUCUUGGUGAUGUGGUUAUGCCAGGACUUUUACUCUGCUUUGUAUUACGUUACGACGCUUACAAAAAGUCACAACCAUUACCUGGUGGUUGCGAAGCUGGUGUACCACCGCCAAGGCAUUUAAAUCGUAUAACAUACUUUCAUUGUUCGCUCAUCGGAUAUUUUUUGGGACUACUCACAGCCACUGUUAGUUCCGAGGUUUUCAAGGCUGCUCAGCCGGCUUUACUUUACCUCGUACCUUUCACGCUACUGCCCUUGCUUACCAUGGCGUAUCUAAAGGGAGAUUUGCGUCGAAUGUGGAGCGAACCAUUCAUAGUACAGCAACCAACAAAGCACAUGGAAGUUUGACAGCUAUCCAUGACAAUGAUGGUCUUAGUCUCGCAUUUGCUUCGUCUACUCAACUGUUCGUACGUGGUUUCGUACAUAAAACGAUUGAUUUUCGUUAGUUUUACGUCACUACAUUUUAUGUAAACGAAGCUUUACGUUCGACGCACAGCACACAAAAUAUUCUCGAUCUAAUUUUUACUUAGUAUUUUCUCGAUAGAGUAUAAACAAUAUAUAGAUUUCGCAACAAUAUAUAUUGUUUCGAGAAAAGAACGAACGUGCAUUUACCGUUUUACUUUGCACAUUAAACUCACGAAAGAUUGGAAAUUCGUGUGAUGGAACACCCAGUUUAGAGUUAGAAGGAAUGUGAUCAAGUGGUGAAAAUGAAUUAUUCUUCUGAAAGAAUAAUAUUUCAAUAAUUUUUCAAAGCAGUGCAAACUGCGCUGAAAGUAUGUAAAAAACCCCUUUAAGUUACAAAAAACCUUGCAUUUUUUAAUUAUUUUCUACGAAACUAAUGAGUUGUAAUAAAGAUUUAACAUUUUUUUUCUAUUCAUUAAAGGUUUCUUGUUGCUUUCGUGGAAAUUAAACGAAUGAAGAGAUUCUUGGAUACAAAUAAAGGAAUCCCUGAUAAUUUUUUUAAUCACGUAUCCAUUGACAUUUACGAACACUCGUUACUUUAUUGGAUAAUAUAUAGUACGAAAUUAAUGCUAAAUACUAUGAAAAUGUAAUUCUGCACAACUUUGUUUUAGCAAGGGGUAAAAUUCUAGAAUAAUGAAAAAAAUUUAUAAUACGAUUUUUCAAUGAAAAGAUGGAUAAGUAACAUCUAAUCUACUUUUCUGAACGAUGAUUUAGUAUAAUAUCGUCAAUAUUCCAUAUCUUCUAAUUGCAUUAUCAUAUUAAAUUUUUCUUUGAAAUUGUUAUGCUCUCUUCAAACUGCACACUUUUGAAAGUAAAUCCAUUUACCUUCAGUUUAAUAAACAAAUACUUGUACAUACCAAUACUACUUAUAAGUAGACAAAAUGAUUUUUCUUUUAAAUU